UAGGCGCGGCCAUGUUGGUCUGUAGUGAAUAAAAUCAAGAUAAUCCGUUUUUAGGGAAAUAAAAUAGACACAAUAUGCCCAAAUGCGACCUCAAAACGAGAUACAUCCCUGCGACCUUCGCCUGGACUUUACUCUUGGGCACGACGUCUCUGUUUUUUUAUUUUCCCUGCCAGUAUUAUCUCCACAAGCAUCCAUGGAUUCCUGCAUACCAAGGUGUCAUAACGUUUUUUGUUUUGGCCAAUUUUACACUGGCCACUUUCAUGGACCCGGGAGUUAUACCAAAAGCUCCACCUGACGAGGAUCGCGAGGAUGACUUCCGAGCGCCGCUGUAUCGCAGCGUGGAGAUAAACGGCAUAACGGUGCGCAUGAAAUGGUGCGUCACGUGCAAGUUCUACCGACCGCCGCGGUGCUCCCACUGCUCCGUGUGCAACCACUGUAUAGAAACUUUCGAUCACCACUGUCCGUGGGUGAACAAUUGCAUCGGAAGGCGGAAUUAUAGGUUCUUUUUCUUCUUCCUAAUAUCGCUCUCCAUACACAUGCUGAGCAUAUUCGGGCUCAGCCUCUACUACAUCAUGAAUAACAACAAGACGCUCACGCAGGUCGAGCCUAUUGUAUCUAUGGUUAUAAUGGGUAUAAUCGCACUACUCGCGAUUCCCAUAUUCGGUCUGACGGGUUUCCACAUGGUGCUGGUGUCGCGCGGUCGCACCACCAACGAGCAGGUUACGGGCAAGUUCACGGGCGGAUACAACCCCUUCUCGAGGGGCUGCUGGUACAACUGCUGCUACACGCAAUUUGGACCGCAGUAUCCUAGCCUGGUCCGCCCGUCGAAGUACGUCUACAAGAGCGGCAAGAAGCGUCGCGGUGCGAGCGGUGCCGCCAUCUCCACGAUCGCGGACGCGCCGCACGCGCACGCGCACGCGCAGGUAAAGACCUACACCGCGGACAACGGCUCCGCGCACCGCCCGCUCGGCGCGCACGCGCACUACAACAAGCUGUCCCCCGGUCGCGAGGAGCACGAGGGCGAGCUGGAGGGCCCGGGGGCCUCCCAGUCGGCAGACUGUGAGCCAACGCCGCCGCCUCUGCAGCGCCGGGGCUCCGCCGCCAACCUUUUCCCGCCCGCUGAGUCGCACCACCACCUACCGCCCCGGCCGCACCACUACCCGAGGCUCAGUCCGCUAUCAAGAAAUACGAGUCAUGGCGGCACAACGACGUCAGGGUACCGGGUGGUAAUGGAACCUCUCCGGUACGACACGGGCUCGAAUGGGGGAGCUCGACCAUCUCCGACUAUGCAGCAGAGGAUCAAAGCGUUAGGGGUUCCGACCCCUCUGGCUGUCAGCAGCCCGGUGCGGAGGUCCAACCCCGGCACGCCGACGCAGCCGCGCCGGCCCGACUUCAUCGGCGUGCGCGCCUCGCCCCAGCGCCGCUUCCUGUCCGAGGGCGAGCUGCUGCGCGACGCGGCCGGGCCCGCGCCGCCGCACGACGUGCGCGAGCUGGCCGCGUCCCCGCAGCGCGGCACGUACCUGUGGGCCGAGCGCCCGCCGCCCGCGCCGUCGCCGCACGCGCGCCGCCGCGCCGCGCCCGCCGCGCCGAUCGCCCCGCCCGCCCCGCGCCCCGCGCGCCCGCUGUCCUUCAUCCGCGCGCUCGAGGUGCAGGACCAGCUGGAGCGCGCGCCGCCGCCCGACCCUCCCGACCGCGCCUCCAUCUACGACUGCAACUACGAGAUCUCUGUAUGAGUGUCGGCCGCGCCCCGCGCUGACUUUUGACUCCCUAUUUUCGGAAUAGGCCAGUUUAAAACCGAUCGACCGGACUUCGGGGCCGUCCGGAGGCUCCGGCGAUUCCAAAGAUUGUCUACUCCCCUCCCUCCCCCGCUUACGCACAAGGUUGGCCGAGGCCGUGCGAGUGCGACGGCCGUGUGACGGACCGGCGCGCGGUCGGCGUCCGAGUGAUUGUGUGUCGUUGUAAGUGUUUAGGUAAGAAUUGUUAGGUGUAAUUAGAGUUUUAUAUUUAUGUAUAUUUGUGAGCGAUCUGUGACGUCGAGACGCUUAUUUAUUAGUCUGGAUUCGUUGUGUAAAUAGUCCCCCAGUGUUGUGAUUUCGUGAUGACGUAAUUAUAUUUUAGAACAGACGGUGAGUCGUUCGAUCUGUCUGUGUAUGUAUUUCGGAAGAAUAUAUCACGAUUAGAGAUGGAAAUUGACUGAAUCGUAAAUCUGCCUCAAUUUAUUUUAGAUAACUGAGAUUCAAUUUCGCGCAAGAAAAAUAUUAAAUCAACCCUGACUGCUAUUUUUAAAAACAAUUUGUAUGACUAAAUUUUAAACUAAAUUGGCAGUAAAAAUUGACAUUUAAAAAAAGUUUGUGCCAAAUAUAUUGUAGACAGCCAUAGCCAUAGAUAAGGCAGUUAUUUUAUUUCAGUUCCUAAGAAAUUAAAAUUUUGUGCUCACGGUGACGCGUCAAAGACAACGCAUUUAGUGUAUAGAAUUGAAAUUUGAUAAUAUAGAGUUAAUCAUUUUAAAAAUAAAUUAGACGAUUUGAGUUGAACAGUUUUGUUGAAAUAUUUGAAUGCUUAAAUAACUAACUGAUGUCUUAAAAUCUUUGCCUUUAUUUCCAAAACGAUAUCUCUAGCUAGGAAAAUAAUUAAUAAAUAUCUUCAAACUUUUAAAAUUUUGUAAUUUAUUAAUAAUUAUAUCAUAACAAUUUGUUAUUUUUUUUAAUUUUUUUUACUUUUUUUUAAUUAAUCAAGAUAUGAUAAAUGUAACGUCAAAUUGACUCAAGAUCUCAUAGAAUUUUAUAAAUUCACGAUUCGUACUUAGAAGAUUUCGAUUUUAAAAAAUAUAUAGGGUUGGAAAAAUAUAUGACAUGAGAAUUUUAAUGUCCAUAAAAAUGCAAAAAAAAAAUUGUAUAAAUCUGUGUGUGAAUUUUAAAUAAAAUAUGAAGCGUUUGAAAACUUCUAUUUGUAAUCAAUCGUGUGUAUAUGUGCAAUUUUUAAAAAUAUUAUCCCACAUAUUAUAACAUUUACUUACGAAAGCAAAUUAAGACUGGCAACACUGGAAUGUCUACUGUAUUGCCAUUGUAUUACAGUAACAUGCCUGAAUAAUUAAUGGAAAGUUAUUUAUUAAUAAAUAUAUAACCGUGUGGACAGAUUCAAUAUAGGUUUAACAUUUUUUUUAAAUGUUAGAUGAUAAUUAUUUUCUUGUAAAUAAGUUAAUAUAUUUAUUAUAUUUUUACCAAUUAAAUGUACCAAGUCAUUAGAUAAAUAAAAUACUUUCAUUGAAUUAUUCUAUCAUAUGCGUAGCAGCACAUUAGAGAUUAAUUAUAUAAAAUGUUUAAUUUUUUUUAACAAUGCUUGUAAUCCUAUAACUGUGUACAUAUAAGCUUUUCAAUUGAAUAGACUUGAUGAUAAAUAUUCUAUAAUGAACAAUACACUAUGAUAUGCCAAUCACUUUAAAUUAUUUCAAUGAACAGAAAUAUGUGUAUAUACAUUGUACUUAUAUAAAAAAUUUAAACGAAACUAUGAAAAAGUUUUAUUUGCAAAUUUAACUUUUUAGUAUUUAAACUUCACUGCCUCUCUGCCUACAUCAUCCUCUCUGUCUUCUCUGCCUACAUUUUUUGAGAGAUUAAAAAAAAAAUAGUAUUUAGUUUUAAUAGUAAUAUUAUUUUAUCGCUUCAUUUAUAUAUUAAACAUGUUUAAUAAAAGACUAGGAUAGCUUACUAGCUAUCCUAGUCCUACGAUACUUCGUGUGGAAUCAUUUAAAUAAAUGGUAGCCACUCCAAAACCAAUGCGCUUGUGGGUACCAUUUAUUUAACACACUAAUAUAUAUAUAUAUAUAUAUUGUUAUAUAAAAAUCUCAAAUGUGCUGUGUUAUUAUAUGAUGUGGUACAACAAAUAGUUGUUUAUUACAAUAAGGAGUCCAUUGUAAAUAUAAUAUAUUUAUCAAUUAAUAUAAGAUUUGUACAAUAUAUAGAUAGUUAUAUGUUAAUGUUUAUUAGAUAUAGAAAGAAACACAAAUGUAACUUCUUCAUAUAUAUAAUAUUUAUAUAAAAUUAUGUUUGAAUGUACAGGUUGAUAGACACAUCUAUAUAAUAAGAUUGAAUAUGUAAAUAUCAUAUAUAAUUAUAUAUAAGAAAUCAAAGUAUAUACUGUGUAUCGUUAAUGUUACUAUAUAUGGUAUGUGUUCUUUAUUCGUGUAUUUGUUUACGGUGCCAGUAACUAGUAUCGGUUUUCCUCUAUUGACAUAUCAGUAGAUAUUUUUUUAACUCAGGGUACUAACUACAGCUGAUUAGAAAACAAUGUUUGUCUAAUAAUGUUAACAUUUUUUUUUUUUAGAAGUCAUAAUUAUAGAGUUUCUGUUAUUAAAUUUUAAAAUAAGAAUAUCUCAAUUAGACCGAUUAUUAUAUUUUGACUUUUUUUUUUUUAAAUUAAAUAUUGUUCUUUUUAAAGUAAUCGAGCUUACGAUCAGUACUGUAUUUUUACAAACAAUGUCUAAGGGAAGCUUAUUUUAUAUAAGUAUGUUUUGGUGGUAAGGACGUGCAAUUAAUUAUUUAUUUGACUUCGCAAUAAAGUAUGUAUAUAUUAUUUGAAAUAUACACUGUAGUAUGGUACCCAUUCAAUCUUCAUAUUCUUUAAAUUUCAAAGGUCUAGAAAAAAAAACAUUACCCUCCUUCAGACCCCGCUGUAGUCGGGUAAUAAUGUGUAUAUGAUUGUAUUUUAAAUUUAAAAAUAAAAGGGCAAUACCGUAUUAUCAAACUCUCAGUAAUGUCGUGUUAUUUGGAUGACUAUUAACUCCCCUCAAAAAUGUUAAAAGUAAGCUGGUAAUUAAAUAUUACUUUUAUCCUUCCAUUACUUGAAGAGAUGUUGUUUCUUCGAAUUUUCACAUUCCGUACUUCAAGACUUCAAGCUUUAUAUUAUCUGCCAUGUUGCGUACUUAAUUUACGCAUUUUUUUGUCAUUUGUCACUUAUUUGUUAACGUUAAAUAAUUAAGAAUUGACAACAUUUUAGUGCAUUUGUUCAUAUUCAUUGACGCAUUUUAUUACUUACCAAAGACAACUUGUAUUGUUUUUUAAUGUUUUAUACUAACCUACUUAUACUUGAAUGACAAUAGACUAUUUGUUGUUAAUUCUUUAUUUUCUUCUUGUCGGAUAAAUUAUUUCGUAUAAAAUUAAUUUUACGUGUGUGAUACAAUUUAGAUUAAAAAAAAAGAACAUAAUUGUGGCUGUCAUAGUUGCGUAUGAAUGUCGCCUUCCGAUGAGAAUUUGAACUUAAGUAUUAUUUCAUGUUGAUUUAUUGUUCACAUUUUCUUCUAUUCGUUGUGAAAUAGUAUUUUACAUAAGAGUUACAAAAGUAGAUUUUAGUGAUUUGACAUUAUUAUAGCUCAAAGUGUGUCUGAGGGUCGAGUCCUGUUAGCAGUCUAUCACGGUUAUUUAAGAUAAACAUGUAUAUUAAUAGUACCUCUUCAGAAAUCGUUAUUACCUAUGUGUAUGUGACAGUGUUUUAUUUUUGUAUUUUGAUAAAAUUUGUGUAAAUAAUUUUCUUAUUUUAUUGAUAUUAAACUCGAUUAAUCAAGCUGUGUUUGAUUAAAUUAAAGAAAUUUAUAA